AUGGGUGUCAGAGAGUGGCGGAGACUGAAGCGAAUUCCGCAAGGGAGUGUAGAAAACGGAGUGAUCAGGUCAUAUCUUGAAUGGCUUACCUCUAUUCCCUGGCCUAAUUCCACGCGUUUGAAAACGAGGCCUUUCCUUGCCGCUGCUCGUGCUCAGCUUGAUGCGGACCACUUUGGCUUGGAAAAAAUCAAGAAGCGUUUGAUUGAAUACUUAGCGGUGGUGAGGUUGAAAGAAAAGGCGUCAAGGGGCCCAUUUUCCUGUAAGUUCGUCGGGCCUCCUGGUACGGGCAAAACAUCUCUUGGACAAUCUGUCGCGAAAGCUUUAGAUCGACCAUUCCAGCGGAUUUCGCUGGGUGGCGUACGAGACGAGGCGGAAAUCAGAGGACAUCGACGGACGUAUGAGGGGACAAGCUCAGGCACGUCGGUAUCGCAGCUGAAGGACACGAGUUGGAGAAGAUUCUUGGCAUUGCAAGGUGGGAUGGAGAAGAGAGGGAGAGGGAGGAGAGGAGGGGUGUCGUCUACAUUGCUUGAGGUAUUGGAUCCUGAGCAGAAUCAUACCUUCAAUGAUCACUAUAUCAACGUCCCCAUUGAUUUGAGUCAAGUUCUGUUCAUAUGUACGGCCAACACGCUCGAGAGCAUCUCAACCCCUCUCUUGGAUCGAUGUGAAAUCAUCCAACUCAGUGGUUACACAUACGACGAGAAGAUGCACAUUGCUCGUCGAUUCUUGCUCCCUAAACAGCUACAAGCGAACGGUCUUGACGCGUCACAGAUCAAUAUCACUGAGCCAGCUCUGCUUCACAUCACCACGAGGUAUACACGCGAAGCCGGUGUGCGAAGUCUCGAGCGCGCCAUUGGUGGUGUGGUACGAUACAAGGCUGUUGAAUGGGCCGAGUCCCUCGAUGGCACAGCUCAAACUCAACAGCAGGAGGGGACAAGCUCACGCACGUCAGUUUCGCAGCUGAAGGAGGAGGAGAGGAGGGGUGUUGUUUAUGGACUUGUGGUCAUGGGACAGGGCGAAGGUGGGAUUUUACCUGUGGAAACGAUUGCUGUUCCUGGUUCUGGAAAGUUGAAACUCACUGGGAGUUUGGGUGAUGUCAUCAAAGAAAGUGGGGAACUGGCGUUGAGUUGGGUGAAGAGGCACGCCUAUGACUUGUGCAUCACCAAUUCGCGGACGGAAGACCCUUUGAAGUUCCCUGAUCCCAUUGAUAUACAUUUACACCUUCCUGCGGGUGCGCAGAAGAAGGAUGGACCGAGUGCCGGCGUUGCCAUGACGUGUGCAUUUGUGUCGUUGUUGACUGGCACAUGCGUUCCGGCCAACAUCGCAAUGACUGGCGAGAUCACAUUGCGUGGCCGAGUCACCCCCGUAGGCGGGAUCAAAGAGAAAGUUCUUGGUGCCCACCGAGCGCAGGUGACGAAAGUCAUCCUACCUUGGGCGAACCGCAAGGACGUGGAACACGACGUUUCGCCUGAGAUUCGAAAUGAGAUGGAGUUUGUCUUUGUGCGCACUGUUCGGGAGGCGCUGGAGGCUGCGUUUGGUCGGGGCACGCUUGGGUGGAGGGGGGAGUCGCUGCUUUUGGAGAGUAGGCUUUAG